CAAGAAUAUUAAUUAUUAAUUAAUAACACAAAAACGUCAGCUCAACCCACUUCUGAAAAAUUUGGGAAAGUUUUGAAACAUUUUAGAAAUUAACAACUUUGUUACGACUCCUUAACUCAAUGCGUAACUGCCACUCUUGACUUUACCUUCUCCACAAAUUAGCUUACAAAUUCUGCAAUCCAAUGGAGCCUUUUAAAGGUAUUGAAGCUGAAAUUGGAAGACAUAUGAAAGAAAUAUGAAGUGGGUUUCGGGAAUUUUAUUGGACUUUGAUAGUGGGCAAUUGGGAUUUUGAUUAUCUGGAGAAAUGAAGUGGGUAUUAGUGAUUUUGAUUUUAGUUGGUUGUUCAUAUUUCUGCACAAUUUUGGGUUCAAAAAAUAUAACAAAAUGUCCUGUAGAUCUAGACUAUGUUGUAAAACUCCCUUGGAAUACUUCGGCGUGCCAUGGAAAUAGUUCAGGAAGUAAUCCAAGAACCGGUUGUUGUCAAGCCCUUUUGAGUUUAAUGGGAAUAGCUCUUUCCCAUAAUCUUAAUCAGACUUCUCUCUUUGGAUUUCGAGAUUAUCCGACUUCGGUAUCUUGCCUCUCGGAUUUCCAAUCCAAGCUUGAUUCUAUGUCUCUAGCCCCAAAUUUGACCUUUAAGUGUUUUGAUCCUGAGCAAUUUGUGAUCACUCCUGAUGUUUGUGCUGGCAUUGUUACCAUCCGAAAUUGGACUGAUGUGCUUAAAAGUGAUAAUUCUUUAGAUCAAGUUUGUGGAUCUGACCUCUCUGAUCUCACUGCCUGUGAAACCUGCUAUGCUGCUGGUACGAGAAUCCAAAAUCAGUUGAUUGCCAUUGAUGGGAACAGUUCACAUGCUCGAGAUUGCUUUUACUUCACUAUUCUUUAUGUUGCUGGGAUAAUCAAUAAAUUAGGCCCUGAAAAUGCUGGAACAACUUCAUGUGUUUUUCAACUUCAAUUACUUCCGUCAGCUGGUUCUGAUGGUGUGAGACAUUUGAAGCUGCAUCUGGGAUUAAUCGGUGCUGCUACUGCAGUGUUUUUAGUAAUUUGCCUCUUAGGUUUGUACUUGUGGUAUUACAAGAAACAGCAGAAGAAGAAACAUAAGAUGGAAGUUGACGCAAAUCAAGAAAGUAGACCUAGAAUGCGGCCUAACACUGGUGCAAUAUGGUUUAAAAUUGAAGACCUUGAGAGGGCGACUAACAACUUCUCACAGAAGAAUUUUAUUGGGCGUGGUGGUUUUGGGAUGGUUUACAAGGGAACCUUACCAGAUGGGACAAUAGUUGCGGUCAAAAGGCUUACUGAACCCAAUUUUGAAAGGGAUUCUGAUUUUCAAAAUGAGGUUGAGAUUAUAAGCAACCUGAGGCAUCGAAAUUUGGUACCACUUAAAGGGUGUUGCAUGGUUGAUGAAACUGUGAAUGCUGAUGAUUAUGGUGGAAAACAGAGAUAUCUUGUUUACGAAUACAUGCUGAAUGGCAAUCUUGAUGACCAUUUGUUUCAGAAUCCAACAAACCAAAGUGGGCUACUCAGAAACUCCUUAACAUGGCCCCAAAGAAAAUGCAUAAUAUUGGAUGUGGCAAGGGGGUUAGCUUAUCUCCAUCAUGGAAUAAAACCUGCAAUAUAUCAUCGGGACAUCAAGGCUACAAACAUUCUUUUAGAUUCUGAUAUGCGAGCAAGGGUGGCUGAUUUUGGAUUGGCAAAAGAAAUAAAAGAAGGGCAUUCUCAUCUCACUACCAGAGUAGCAGGCACACAUGGCUAUUUGGCCCCAGAAUAUGCACUUUAUGGGCAGCUAACUGAAAAGAGUGAUGUCUACAGUUUCGGGGUGGUUGUUUUAGAGAUAAUGUGUGGGAGAAGGGCCCUUGAUCUGUCAGCUUUAGGGUCCUCCACCACUGUUUUAAUAACAGAUUGGGCUUGGUCUUUGGUUAAAGAAGGAAAAUCAGAAGAGGUUCUUGACUCAUUUUUGUUGAGAGAAGGGGAUAACUCGGAGCUGAAUCCAAGGGGAAUUAUGGAACGAUUUGUACGUGUUGGUAUUCUGUGUGCUCAUGUCAUGGUCGCACUAAGACCUACAAUCUCAGAUGCACUGAAAAUGCUGGAAGGUGAUAUUGAAGUUCCUCAAAUUCCAGACCGGCCCAUGCCUUUUGGGCAUCCAUCUUUCCACAGGGAUGGAAACCCAUACAGCAUAUCGCCAGUCUUGAGUGGGCUGCAUUUAAAUUCUGGUGAGAUGCUUAGGUAAUUAAGAUAUACUUCAGUAGAUAAGUAUGAGCUCCAUUUAUCACUUGCUGCAGAGACAAAAUUGCGGAGGUAAUGCUGCCCGUUCUCAUAGUCGAUGAACCUUGUACAGAAGAAAAACAAAGACCAAGGUUUUUUUUUUCGAAAAAUUGACACACGUCUUGAUUGUGUAAAGAAAAGAGGAGCUUAUAGUGAUUUAACACGUUAGCAUAUAAAGCUUCAUCAAUGGUAUGUACUGCACCGGAAAUGGGAAAAAUAAGAUUAGUCUGGGAGACAGUUUAUUCACAUUAUUAGCUAUCAGUUUCUUGUGAUAUCUGUCAAACACCGGAAGAAUAUCUGGGGUA